GUUCAAAAUCGUCCAGUAAUGAAUGACGAUACGGCAGUUGAAUAUUUGGAAAAAUUACAACGCGUGAAGGGCGCUUUUGAUCAUGUCUUUUAUGUUGAAUUAUGGAUGGCCGCUUUAACUGGAUUGGCAGAAGAAUACAGCGAUUACCCAGGUCCAGGAGGUCAUUCUCUUUUAUGGAAAACUGAUAUCUUGAAAGCGUGCUUUAAAAGAAAUCUUUUAAGACGAGAAUUUGUAUUACGAAUAUUGGAACUUGAAUGGAGUGGAUUUGAUUCUAUGGAAACCGAUUCUUAUGCUGGUGGCAUCCUAAAUGAUCCUAAUAGCGAGAUGAUAGAAAGCUUUGUGUCCACGGUUCCUACGCAUUUUUUAGAUCAGGAAUCAAGAAUAGAAACGAUAUUAAGGUUACGACAUUUGUCAAUAUUAUGUCGUCUUCUUGGCGAAACUUCUGCUCUUGAUAUUAUUCAUCUAUAUCGUCAUCCUUCUGAAAUUUUACAACCUUUGGAACAAUUAUGUAAUACAUGGGAAAGGUCUGAUGAUGAUGACUUUG